AUGUCCAAGCCGCAAGUGGAUUAUUCCCUGUACCUCGUCACAGACUCCACUCCCGCCAUCCUCGGCGACCGCGAUCUAGCCUCCGUCGUCGAGGCCGCCGUCAAAGGGGGCGUCACCGUCGUGCAGUACCGCAACAAGACCAAGGACACCGGGGACCUCGUGGCCGAGGCCAAAAAACUGCACAAGGUCACCCGCGCGCACGACGUGCCUCUCCUCAUCAAUGACCGUGUCGACGUCGCCCUGGCUGUGGGCUGUGAGGGUGUGCAUAUUGGACAGGAUGACAUGGACUUGCCAACGGCGAGAAAACUCCUCGGCCCAGACGCCAUCAUCGGCGUAACGGCAAGCACCGUCGAUGAAGCACUCAAGGCGUGCGAGGACGGCGCCGACUAUCUAGGCAUCGGAACCGUGUUCGCAACCUCAACCAAAGACAACACAAAGCACAUCAUCGGCACCUCGGGCCUGCGUUCGAUCCUGGCCGCCAUCAACGCCGCCGGCCACUUGCCCGCGGUCAAGACGGUCUGCAUCGGCGGUAUCAAGUCCAACAACAUUCAGCGCGUGCUCUACCAAUCCGCCAUACCCGCCGGCCCCUCUCUGGAUGGCGUCGCCGUCGUUAGCGCCAUCGUCGCCGCCCCGGACCCGGAGACCGAGUCCCGGAGGUUGCUUGAGCUUGUGAGAUCCCGGCCUACUCACCAGGAAGUCGUGAAGAACGGAACCGGCGUGAGCGACGUAAAGCAUCUCCUGGAGCUCGUGCCGCACGUUGUGAAGGCCGUCGCAGAGGCGUCGCCGCUGUCGCAUAACAUGACCAACCUCGUACGUUCACCCAUCCCCUUUCCCCUGUUGACCUGGAAGACUUACAUGGGCAAGGUCGUUCAAAACUUCGCCGCAAACGUGGCCCUCGCCAUUGGGGCUUCUCCCAUCAUGGCCAACUACGGCGAAGAGGCUCCCGAUCUUGCACGCCUGGGCGGCGCGCUCGUGAUCAACAUGGGCACCGUCACGCCCGAAGGACUGACGAACUACGUCAAGGCCGUGGCCGCGUACAACGAGGCCAAGCGGCCCGUCGUCUUCGAUCCCGUCGGCGCCGGCGCGACAGCGAUCCGCAAGUCCGCCGUCAAGACCAUCCUGUCGGCUGGAUACCUGGAUCUCAUCAAGGGUAACGAGGGCGAGAUCGCGACGGUGUACGGCCAGACGCUGCUGGAGCAGCAAAAGGGCGUCGACUCCACCUCGACACUGUCUCCCGAGCAAAAGGCGAAGCUCGUCAGGGAUCUGGCGGCGCGGGAGAGGAACGUUGUGCUGAUGACGGGCAAGACGGAUUAUGUGUCUGACGGUAUCCGGACCUUGGCAAUCGAGAACGGACAUGAGCUUUUGGGACAGAUCACGGGGACCGGGUGCGUGCUGGGAACGACGGUCUCGGCGAUGCUGGCCGCCAAGUCGGACGAUAAGUUGCUGGCUGUGGUAGCUGGUCUGCUGCAUUUCGAGAUUGCGGCCGAGUGGGCUGCGGUCAGGCGAGAUGUGCAAGGUCCCGGCACGUUCGUGCCGGCCUUCAUUGACGAGCUUGCGAGGAUACGCCAACGCACUGGCGAUGGUGACCUGAAGUGGCUGUCGGCAGCCAAGGUGAAGAGUGUCGACGUGUAA